UAGUCAUGUGAGAGGAAACGAUUUUAAAAUCGCCAAGUCAGGGCAACAAAUAUCGCGAAUGGGAUUAAAACGAUGGACUUUAGCCCAGCUAUGAUGGUAAAGCAUCAGAAACGAGUUCAGAAUGGUGAGUGAAAGAAGUCACGUGGUUGCGGACCAGGUCUGGGACGAUACCAUCGCCACACGAACCGGAUUUCUGCCCGGAAUCGUGACAUACCGACGAGCCAGGACACGGUGAAAGGCCGACACUGAAUCUGAGGCUUCAGGCUUUGGCAGAUCGAACCUGCUGCUGCACCAGAACAUUCCAUCUCUGCUGAGACGACAGGAUUUACCGAACGCCCCGGGUCUUGGCCAGUGUGUGUCGGGUGAUGAUGGACGAGGCUGACUUUUCCUAAAAGCUCAUCUUCUACGCUCACCGGUCCCUUACUCCCGCACUUGAUGGAAGCCCAACCAAAACCAGAGAUGCCGGACCAGGCGCCAGAAGGAGGCGACCUGGAAGUCGUCACCAGUCAACCGUCCAGCAGCGAGCAUCAAGCCCAGCCGCCGGAGAAGGACCACCUGACCAUGGUCAGCGAGGACUCCCCUACAACCAAUGGCAUCGCCCCGCUCACCGUGGACUCCAAACUGUCACCAAAAGAACCACACGCCAAAGCCGGUACGAAUGGGCGGGCUCGCCCCGCCAGUCGCUCCAGUUCGGUGGCAGCCGGCUCUCCUCGUCCGUCGCUGACUCGGCAGCCCAGCACCCUCAACGAGCCCGCAGCCGACGGCUCCAAACCCAGAGACUACCUUCUCCUUGCCAUCCUGUCCUGCUUCUGCCCCCUCUGGCCGAUCAACAUUGUUGCGCUAACGUUCUCCGUCAUGUCCCGGAACAGCCUGCAGCAGGGGAACAUCGACGGCGCCCGCCGUCUGGGCCGGAACGCCAUGGUUCUGUCCAUCGUGUCCAUCCUGGGGGGCGUCGCCAUCAUUGCUGCCGCAAUCGCCUUCAACUGGGGACUUAUCCUGAAGUCCGGAUGAACAUCUGUGUCAUCACUUCCUGUGACCUGACCAUCAGCCCUCGCUACACCACCGACAUCCUGCUGCUCUCACACCCUGUUGCUGAACUCUGACCUCUGUCACGUGACUGAACAUCUGGAUGGUACUUGCUGUGUUUCUGCUGUUGAACCAGACGCAUGCAGCUCAGCACCGCCCUCUGGAGGUCGCCACCUUAACACCCUCGCCAAACUGUACAAAAAAACGAAUUCUGUUCAGUUGACAGUAUAGUUUGGCUUGUGCUAUUCAGAAACCAUUAGCAUGCUAAAUUCUACACACCAGUGCCACAAAAGUACUCUUCUUAAAAGUUUACAAAUAGCUAGCAUGACUGAAACGCUGCUGCAGCAACCCUCACGUUCACUCGAUCAUUUAAAUCUAGCUCGAAUGUGUCGUCGCAUUUUCAUGAAAAUGGUUCGUGGUGCUCGUCUGGAUGUUGCUGCCAACAAUUAUUUACAGGAAACUAAACCUCCUGCAUGUUUACAUCAUUUAUAUCACGUAGCUUUGUUGACAGCGAUGCUAACAUUUGUUAAAAAAAAAAAAAAAAAAAAAAAAACAGUCUAAAGAAGGGAAAUCCUCCAUCUUUGUUUACCAGUCUCAGGCGGGGAACCUGACUGCGCCCCCUGCAGGCUGUACGUAGCAUGUUUACUAAUUCAUUAUGCAAAUGACAGAGCAUGCCUUGACCCCAGCUCUUAAGACUGCUGCACCUCCUUGAAUGCUCUUCCUGCCCACGGUUGCCUGCUGCCUUUUUGUUAGUAUCCUUCUCUUAAGCACUUUUUUCCUUUGCUCAAAAUCCAGUUUUUUAUAUGAGAAAACUUUGUACUUUUACAAUCUCUUCCUCUUGUAUGCACAACGCUCGCUGUCAGCUGCUUCCUGUGACUCGGGCGGGUUGUUGCAUGUAACAUUUAUCCACAAAGACUUGAUGAAAUAAAAGUUAUCUGCAAAACCCUCAAUGUUUUUG